AUGGCCGCCCAGCCAUCCACGUCCACACCUACCGCGCCCGGCGCGACAGCCUCGUCGUCGGCAUCCACGUCCGCCAACAACAACCACGAUGGCACGCCCCAGUCCGCUUCCGCCAAGGCGCUUCCCGUGCGGGAUAAGGACUCGUUCAACAAGCUGCAGGUCGAGCGCUAUGUCACGCGCGAUUGGCAGCACGCGAUCGCGAUGAAAGACUCCCAUUCCAAGUUCGAAAAGGAGAUGGAGCAUAUGAGGGACAAGAUUGACGAUUACAACAUCGUCAAGACCCAGCGCAUGUUUUUCCCGCCGAGUAAACUUUACGGCGAAGGCUACCGCGGCUACGGAAACGGCUACACCGAUAUCGAUCCCCGCAUGAGAGCACCCUUCCCAGCUCAGGUCAUAUAUCCUAGUCAGAAGCCGAGACCUGGGAAGCGCCAGUCGCAUCCGUUGCGUUGGAAAAAGAAGGACUUGAAGAAGCAGGCCGAGCAGCAUGAAGAGCUCGUGCCGGUACGGAUAGACGUGGAUUGGGAAAAGAUAAAGUUACGCGACACCUUUACGUGGAAUUUACACGACAGGCUUAUUCCAGCAGAGCUAUUCGCGCAACACUUGGUUGAGGAUCUGGGCAUCCCGUUGGAUACGGCCAACAAGCCCGUGUUGGAUCAGGUCAUCCAUCAAAUGCGCGACCAGCUCAAUGACUUCUAUCCCCUCGUCUUCUCCGAAGAAGACGCGCUCGACCCGGAGCUACCCUACUCGGCCUACAAGAACGACGAAAUGAGGAUAUUGAUCAAGCUCAACAUCACGGUUGGCCAGCACACUCUGGUCGAUCAGUUUGAGUGGGACAUCAACAACCCCCUGAACUCCCCGGAGGACUUCGCAGCCACCAUGGCGCGCGACUUGUCGUUGUCCGGCGAGUUCACCACGGCCAUUGCACACAGCAUUCGAGAGCAGUGUCAACUGUUCACGCGCAGCUUGUACAGCGUUGGACAUCCCUUCGACGGCCGUCCGGUCGAAGACCCCGAUCUCGUUUCCGCCUUCCUACCAUCACCUCUCACGUCCGUAUUCAGGCCCCAGCAACAAGCGAAGGAUUAUGCUCCGUAUCUGUACGAGCUCAGCGACGCCGACCUGGAUCGCAACGAAGUCAUUUUCUCCCGCGAGCAAAGGAGACAAAAGCGCUCCAUCAACCGCCGUGGCGGUCCUCAGUUGCCGGAUCUCAGAGAAAGGCAGCGCACGAUCAGGACGCUUCUGGUGUCGUCGGUUCUCCCUGGAGCUGCACCAAACAUGGAAGAGACCACGCUCUACAAGCGCGUGGCUGGCGCGCCCACCACCCGCAAAAGGCCAGGUGCUCGCGACGGCGAAAUCAGCGAUUCCGACUCGAGCGACGACUCUGGACCAGACUCGCCAGGUGUGUCACAGCUUGGUGGUACGGCGAGGACAAGAGGCUUGCGUGGGGCGGCCAGUGCUGCUCAGCAACGCAUCACGAACCUGGGUCGCUCGGAAACUCCUGAAGCCAGCAUUGUCCACCAUCAUGAGACGCGCAGGAACAUCAGCCGCUUCAGCGGCCGCGAGACUCGCGACGAGACUGAGGAGCCUUCUCAACUGAUUGUCACGCUCAAGGUCAGCAAAGACAAAUUGCGGAGACUUUUACAGAACCCUAGAGCCAGGUUCACACCAAGCGGCUCACAAACCCCGUCGACACCUGCGCACACUCGUAUUCCCAGUGCCGCAGCUGCUGCUACCUCGAUGCCUCCGCCUUCCACGCCAGCUUCCAACAGCCAUACGCUUCCCCCGAAGCUUGGAACCCCCCUUCCUCAGGGCCAAAUCGGCCGCCAACCUGCACCGCCACCAGUUACUGGCCAGCCGCCCCCACCACCUCCUCCCCCGCCCGAAUGGCUCAAGGACUGCCUCCAGGAGCUCAAGAAGACAUAUACUUUCGAUAAUUUCGAGGGCAUGAUGAAGUACUCGGCCGUCAACCCAGACACAGAGUUGCCCGUCCCAGUACCAGCUGGCUCACAACCACCUGAGGGUGUAAGAUGGAUGUUCCUUCCCAGAAUCCGCUGUCUCGACUGUCCGGGCAAACUGUACACGCCUGGUCCGGAGAUGACCGCCGGCAAUUUCGAAGUCCAUUUGCGCAACAAACAGCAUCGUCAGAAAGUGGACGCGAGGGAGGGCAAAGACACGGCGCCUCUCACUCUUGUGCAGCCUUAG